AUGGAUAAAGGUACUUGUAAAAGUGGCGCUCGACCGAAAAUCACAAAGGUUAAUAAGACUCCACCCGCACCAAAGCCAAAGCCACCUAAACUUUCACCCACUCAUUCCAAUAAAAUUGACAGUGAACCCAAUUCUUCAUCUGUGCCACCGAAACGAGUAAAUCCCAAUAUCCGAGGGGCAAAUAUUAAUAGGCUAUCAAGCGUCUUUGAAGAUUCACGCACCGUCCCUUCCCUUCCUUUAUCACCUAAAUUGCCGGUUCCACAAAUAGUAAAACCUAAUCCUUCCAAAAAAACAUUGCGUGUCAACAUGACAAGUGAGUCAAACUCAGCCAUAGACGAAUCUUCAAUGGCGUUCGGCGAUCUCAAAGCGAAGUUUCAGCAAACAAAUAGGGACAAAACUAUUCCUCCCAUUUCAACCAAAAUAUCGUCUGCUUCUUCCAAAAAUCACAGUGUAACAAAAAGACCGGAUAAACAAAAGGUGCUCGUCAACAUACCCAAGCGUACCAGCAGCAUUAACAAGACCACAAAGAGUUUGGAAAGGAAAACUGCACAAUCCAUCGAUCCUGAAGUAGGUUUAUUUACUCAAAACGAGACAGAAUUAAUAAACGCUAGUAUUGAGUGGGUCGAAGCAUCAGGCAAAGAUGAUAUGCCUGAACCACAAAGUAAAGCGGGAAGACAAUUGAACUCUUCACAUAAAGGAGAUUCAAGUAGUUCAAAUAAGAAGAUUUUGGGAAAUCCUCACGGUGAUACUCAAUCAAAAGCAAAUCCUAUAUCUAUAACUACAGAAGGCGAUUUUGAAACAAAAAGAACUAGUAUUGCGAAUCUUCUUUCUAUGACCUCACCAAGCUCAAUGCGCCCUCAGGGUUUACACAUAGAAACUUCAAAAGCCUUGCCUCCUAUACCAGAUAAAUCACCUUCCCAGUACUCUCCUCCUGCUAAAUCGGUGAAUUCCCCUCUCUCUGAUAUUAGUCGUAGAUCUAGAAGUGAAACCUCACUUCCAAUUUUUCCAAAUGAACCCGUGAUAGAAGAGGAAGAUGAGCAUUCAAUAGAUUUAAAAAGACGACGCAAAUUGUGGAACGUCAUUAAAGAGCUCGUUGAAACCGAAAGGAUAUUUUUGACAGAUAUGGAGCUUCUAGAGGAGGUUUACUACAUACAAGCUCAGGAAAUUCCAAUUUUUCAACCGUAUGACUGCAAAACCAUUUUUAUAAAUCUCCCCGAAGUUAUAGAUUUUUCCGCGGACUUUUUAGCUUUAUUAGAGGCUAGUGCUGGAAUUGAUAAAUCGGACGAUGGUUAUGAUGACAAGAAUUUUGAGUCAGAUAAUGAGGGUACUUCAAUCGGAGAGGCAUUUGUGCAAAUGAUGACAAAAUACGAAGGGGAACAAAGUAGAAUGGAAACAGUCUAUGGAGAAUAUUGUAAACGUCAUGAGGCGUCCGUUCAAAAACUUCAAGAAUUUGAUAACGACGAAAUGGUCCAAGGGUUUUUACAGAAAUGUAAAUCACAAUGCGAGGGUCGAACCAGAAGUUGGGAUAUCGCCAGUCUUUUAAUUAAACCGGUGCAACGUGUUUUGAAAUAUCCUCUGCUAUUGCAGCAAAUCUUGUCACUAACGAAACCUUCCCAUCCAGAUUAUGAACAUCUCCAGUUCUCUUUUAAAGAGAUCACUGCUGUGGCUGAACGUAUUAAUGAUAUAAAGAAACGUAAGGACAUAGUUGAGAAAAUCGUGGGUAACAAGAAAAGGAAUGAGGCUGUCAUAAAACAUGCCACUGGCAUUGCUAAACCCACCGAAGACGAACUCUACAACGUGUAUCUCCAGAAGUUCAGGAAACUGGAACAACAAGGAAAACAAUUAUCGCUGGAUAUAAAAGAGUGGGUGAAAUCCGUAAAAGUGUUCUUUGAAGAUCAGCAACGCUUUGCUACAGCAAUCGAAGAGUUUCUUCUACAUGAAGUGUCAAAUGAAAAUGCCGAAUACAUAAAAAAAAUAACCGAAUACAAAAAUGCCGUUGGUGGUCUUGCCUCUUCUUGUGGGAAGGAAAUGGAGGAGGCCAUCAAAAAAGUGGUAUAUCCUCAGAUUGACAAGUUCCUCGCACGGUUCAAGGCUCCUACAACGGUAAUGCGAAAACGGGAAAAAAAAAUCUUGGAUUUCGAUCGGGCAAACGCGAUAAAAGCACGAGGUGCAACGCCUGAUAAAUCACUCCAACAAUCUGCGGACGCCUAUGUGUCCAUAUCGGCUCAAUUACGCGAAGAAUUACCGGAAUUCUUUAAAUUAAUGACCCAAUAUUUUGAUAUUAUCGUGCAGGAAUUCAUAAAGAUUCAGGCGCGUUUUUAUCAACAAAUGGAUAUGGAUUUCAGACAAUACUAUUGCAAAUUUGUUGAUUCGCAAGCGUUAGAGUUAAUAUCCAAUGAUAGGGAACUAGUGUUGAAAGACUUUGACAUUAUCGGAGAAUAUUUUUCUUAUUAUCAUGGUCGUUUGGGUAUGGAUGAUCAAUUGGGUGAAUUUAUUCUAAUAAAUGAUGACUCAGGUGAGACUGAUAAAGAUCAAAGAACAGGUACCAUGAUACCAACAAGAAGAUCUGAGGAAUCCUCAAUUCGUCCAGAUCGCGUUAAAGGUGGCGUUUGGUCAGACGGAAGUCUAGAUCGUUCGUCGUUUUAUUCCAACAAGUCGUUAGACACUAAGACCCAUCUUGAACAUGAUCUGGUAAACUACGAAUUUCAACCAGAGGAUCAAUAUGAAGAUUUUCGAACAAUUAAGAAAAGACAACAUCAAUUCGGGGUGCACAAAAGAUAUGCAACUGAUAGUGUACUGGCUCAACACCAAACACCCAUUGGAGAUGACGACGACGAUGAUGUAUUUCAUGAUUCCUUGACGGGAGAGGAAGAUGACGAGACGUUAUUUAUGGUUCAAACGGUCUACAGAAAUAAAUCAAGACAUUCAACUGAAUUAAACUUUGAAUCUGGAAUUCCGCUUAAAAUUAUACAUAUUAAUGAAACUGGUGAUUGGUGGUUUGCUGUUAAUAUUGAAAAUGGUAAAAGGGGAUGGGUGGAUCCGGCUUUUGUAGAAAGGAUAAGCUGA